UAUUCUUACGUAUUACUCAGCAAUCAGCCUCGCUUUCCAAAUGCACAAGUUUGUAUUGUUUUUCUAUUUAAAUAAAUAAAUAAAUGAAGCCCGGUAUAAGUUAGAGUGUGGCAAGAAUAAGCUGCUAACAAAAACAGAAGUAAUUUCAAUUUUUUUUUUUUUAAUCUAAGAAAUAAUUGGAUAGUAAAAAAGUCAUUUAUGUCGAGAUUAUUUCGCACCAGGAAAAAGAAGAGAACAAGUUACAUUCAUGUCUACUCUUUUUUUCUUUUUCUCUUUCCGUUGAAAUGUUGCAUGUCUAGUCUACUCAAAUACCACUACUGGCCUUGAUUCUAGCAAUACAAGACUAUUCAUCUUCAUUUAAAAUAAGGUUAAUUAGUUAUUUUUUCCUCUUUACUUUGACAUGUACUAAAUUGUGCCCGAACUUUUUUGGUUGUUAGAAAUUCCCCCGAACUAUUGAGAUUGUUAAAUUUAAGGACUUUUGUUUCAUUUCAUUCAAUUUUACUAUUUCAGUGAUUGUUUAUGUACUAAGCCAUACUCCCCAGACUUUGAUAUUUACGAAAUCAUGCCCCUCAAACUUUGAUAUGUACUAAAUCAUGUCCCUUGAACUUUCAUCCAUGUUAAAUUUUUUUACUAAAAUUAGACAAAAGUUCUUAAAUUUAACAAUCUCAGUAGUUCAGUGGGAAUUUUUUACGGCCAAAAAAGUUCAGGGGGCACGAUUUAGUACAUGUCAAAGUUCGGGGGAAAAAAUUACUAAUUAGCCUUAAAAUAAUGUAGAAAGUGAUGUCUAUUGAACGUAUCCCUGUAUAUAAUACAAGAUAAAGAUGUAUUCAUCUCUGGUUCAUUAUUGCUUACUGCAAUCAAAACACAUAUUCGGCACACAUUAUAUACAUGUAUUUGAUAACCUAUAAAGCAUAGAAACAAUAGGAGUAGGUGUAUUUCUUUUAUUCUUCAUAUAAUUGUAGAUGAAAAUAUCAAAAUGUUGGAGUAAUGUGAAGUGUGAAGUGGUUGAUAAGGGUGUCUCUGCUUAGCUGAAAAGGUUAAGCCAACUGUUGGACUCAUGGUAUUAAUCUUUCCUUGGUCGUUAAAGUUUCAUAGUCAUGGAGUAAUGUCAAAGCCAUGUUUGCUACAAAGAAAGAAAGAAAGAAAGAAAGGGGAGAAGGUCACUUUGGUAAACGUGCUCAGCACUUGCAUAGUUAGGUGACGCAAUAAUAAAUGUUACGGCCAAAGUCUUCAUUCAUGCCAGCUUCUUGCCUUAAAAGCAAGCCCAAUGUGCAUUGACAAAAUUGCCCCUACGUGGAAGCUGCUUCUAGUUCAUCCAUUGACAUGUUUUUGUUCCGGUUAGAUAAAAUGUCUAACCUAAAAAAAUAAAAUUAAAUACAAAAUGGAAACCCACAGCCACCAUGAAAUGUAUGGUCUACAGUCGCAUAUCAUAUCACCGAGUUUGAAAGAUGGCUCCAGAAUUUAUUCUCCCAUUGUCGAGCACUUUCGAGGGCGUAUAACUUAUAGAGGGAACGAGUACUUCACAUCAAUAAAGGCUAAAUUUGAAGCUUUUGACUUGACUCGGAAGGUGAAGGAGACACCCUUUGGAGUUUUUUGGAAUGCCAGUGAAUUGAAAUUCAGUGGGGUUAUUGUGCAUCAACUGUUAUUAAGGAAAAAGAAAAUGAGUGAGGCCAAAAAUGAUGAACUGUGGUUUUACGUGGGUAAAACUGAAGCUAGAUUUGGGCGGUCUGAGUUCGGUUUGAUCACAGGCCUAAAGAUGAGCGGUGGUCCUUCGUCAGAAGAAUUGACUACACAAUGUGAUUCUGAUCGGAUUUUGCGAGACUAUCUCACCAAUUCAAAAAGGGUGACCUUUAAUACCCUUUGGCUAGCCUUUGAGGCAUGCGAUGUUGCAGACGAUGUAUACAAGCUGGAGUUGUGUGCAUUUGUCGAAGGUGUUCUGCUGUCAUGGGCCGAGGGUGUGUAUAUCUAGACAGAUAUGCUAAAGUUGGUAGAAAAUGCAGACAACUUCUUCGAGUAUCCUUGGGGGCUUCUUUCUUAUCAGAAGUUGUUGUCUUCCACAACUAAGAAUAUGCAACAACUCAGGAAAAACUACAUGGAUAAGGUGUCGAGUAUGAACGAUAAGACCAAGAAGAAACACAAGAAGGAGAAAAAGGUUACUCAACCAGAAGCGAAGUACAAUGUGUACGGAUAUGCACGUGCCCUGUAAUAUUGUGCAUUUGAGGCCAUGCAAGUUUUGGGGAAGAAGUAUGGCCAAUGCAAAAGGACUCGAUUCCCUCGAAUGUUGAACUGGAGCACCCCCGACUCAGUCACGAAACACGAUGUGAAGCAACUUGAUGUGGCUGCACUGUUUGAGAAAAGGGUAUGUGAAUCUUUCUCUAUUUUUGUUGUUUAUCUUUGCUAUAAGUGUAAUCUGUGUUUAUGUGCGAUAUUGAUGCGACAUUGCGAUAUUUGUGCAAUUUACUUAACAGUACAUUAUAAAUGUUCAGUUGUUUAGUGUAUUUUUCUGGUGACUUUAUGCGAUUGUUGUGCGAUUUUUGUG